ACAAUAGAUAGAAAAAUUGGUUCUGAAAAUAAACACAUUUAAUUAAAAAAAUUAUAACGCCCAAAAAUAAGUUUUGACGUGAAGGUCUCGUUACCAGGCCAUAAAAAAUAUUGCAAAAAAAACUACAUGACAUCACAUGUCACUGUCAACAGUCAGUGUUUAUCGUGUCAAUGUCAAAUCACGGGCUAGAACGACAGUCAUAACCUAGUUAAAAUUGCAUUAUUUUAUAAUUUAAUAAAUAAAAUGAUACAAAUUUAGCCUUACGAAACUAAGUACAAAUAAUUUCAGAAAGAAGCUAUUAAAGCGAUUGUUGUAAUCAUUUCGUUAAAUACCCAAAUUUUUAUUUUUUGUUUUAUAAAAUAAAUCUUCAGUUAUACUCACGAUAUGAAAAUCUCUGAGCUUCCAGGUGAUGAGGAGUCGGGCUUGACAUGCCGCACAUAUGUAUUUCAAGAUGAAAGUCACACAUUAGGCAAUGCAUUAAAAUGUAUAAUCAAUAGAUAUGACGACGUUGACUUCUGUGGAUACACAGUACCACAUCCAGCGGAAUCUAAAAUGCAUUUCAGAAUACAGACUAAAGAAACACCAGCACUCGAAGUGUUAAAAAGAGGUCUCAAAGAUUUGCAAAAAGUUUGUGAUCACACAAUCGAUCUUUUUGAAAAAGAAGUAAAAGAAUUUAAUAAAACUUAGCAAUUUUCCUUUUA